UGUCCCGUGGCCCCCGCUCCCGAGUUGGGGGGAACCGACGCCGGGCGGCAGAGGGGCUCCGUGGGCAGGCCUAGGGCGGGGAGGGCACUGCACGAGAGUCAGCGCCGCCCGGACACAGCCCUCCCGCCGCCCCGAUGCACGCCGAGCCGCAGCCUUCUGCAAAGUCGUUUCUGCCCCGAGACAGCAGAGCCGGGCCCGGGCUUGGCGGAGAGCGGCGGAGGGGGCCCGGCAGCCCGGCUCAGCGCGGCUCGGCCCGCCCGGCUGUCCCCCGGCAGCUUUUGUUACAGGCGCAUCCGGCGCCAGGUUGACGCAGCAGCAGCGGCGGCGGCGGCAGCGACGACCCCGGUUCUCCGUUUACCCGCAGCGGCCCCCCGGUGUCGCGGGCUGCGCGAGUCCCCUCGGCCCCCCGCCCUGCCGCCCCCUCAUGCGAGGGGGCCCCGGUCGGCCCCGCCGCCGCGCUCCCACGCCGCCCCGCCUCGCCUCUCCCCCGCGCCGCCGGGAGCCGCCACCUGCGCGCCGCCGGGCGCGGGCUGCGGGGCCAGCGGCGAGCAGGAACCGGGAGGGCACCGGACGAUGCCGGAGACCGGGCAGGAGCCGCCCAGCGCCCCUCCGCCUCCCCCUAAGGAGUCCUUCUACAUCAAGAACCUGCUCAACGGCGGCCCCCCCAAGGCACCCCCCAAGCAGCCACGGGCUCUGUUCGCCCCUUCGGGCAAGGCGACGGUGGACGGCGGCGGCUUCGCCCUCUCGCAGGUGGGCGACCUCGCCUUCCCCCGCUUCGAGAUCCCGGCGCCGCGCUUCGCCCUGAGCGCCCACUGCCUGGAGCGAGCCCAGACCUGGUGGUACCCCUACGCCCUGACGCCGGCCGGAGCCCACCUGCCCCGCACGGAAGCCGCGGAGAAAUCCCUGCUGAGGGACUCGUCCCCUGCUUCGGGCACCGACCGGGACUCCCCGGAGCCGCUGCUGAAGGCGGAGGGGGAGCAGAAGGACCUGGACUCCAAGAGCCCCGACGAGAUCGUCUUGGAGGAGAGUGACUCGGAGGAGGGGAAGAAGGAAGGAGGCGCGGAGGACUGGAAGAAGCGGGAGGAGAGCCCGGAGAAGAAACCCUGCCGCAAGAAGAAGACGCGCACGGUGUUCAGCCGCAGCCAGGUCUUCCAGCUGGAGUCCACCUUCGACAUGAAACGCUACCUGAGCAGCUCGGAGCGGGCCGGCCUGGCCGCUUCUCUCCACCUGACAGAGACCCAGGUGAAGAUUUGGUUCCAAAAUCGUCGCAACAAGUGGAAGAGGCAGCUGGCGGCCGAGCUGGAGGCGGCCAACCUCAGCCACGCCGCCGCGCAGCGCAUCGUCCGCGUCCCCAUCCUCUACCACGAGAACUCGGGCGCGGAGGGGGCAACGGGGGGCGGCGGAGCCCCCGGUACCCAGCCCCUGCUCACCUUCCCUCACCCCGUCUAUUAUUCCCACCCCGUGGUCACCUCUGUGCCGCUCCUGCGGCCCGUCUGAGCCCGCCCGCCCGCCGCCGCUACGCGGAGAGGCGCGGAGAGGCGCGCGAGUCACCGGCCCGCUUGUAAGUACUCCAAUCACUCGUGGGAUUCAUCCGGCCGGCGUCUGUGAAGCUGGGGGGUGGGAAAUGUGGGGAGGGGAGAGAGAGGGGUGCGGAGGGACCCCUCGGCGGGUGGCUCUUGGAGGAAAGUCACGAAAAUUUAGGAUUUAAAAAAAUCAAAAAUAAUAAAAAUGGGGGGAGGGAAAGGAAAAUAAAGAAAAUGAGAGCGGGAACUUGUAGAGAACCCUGGAGCUGUCACACCUUUUGUAAACGUGGACAAACCCUGCGAUGGUCUCUGUGGCUUUAGUUUUAUUUUUGUAAGAAAAAAAAAAAGGAAAAAAAAAAA